AUGUGCGAGAGCAAGAACUUCUACUGCUGGCUCCUAGAAAUUUCCGUACUCCUCCUGCUUCUCCUAGCUCUCUGUCUAUGGCUGGCCAUACGUCCAGAAUCCCCUAAGUAUACCAUUGUGGAUAUCACCAUCCCAAAGUCCGAUAUAGACAGUGGGGGUCAAAAUGGCUCUAUCAUAUACGCCCUUGAAAUUGAAAAUUCCAACAAAGUCUCUAGCAUUUACCACGAGGACACAAUUUUGAGAUUCUAUUAUGGGUCAGAGACUGUUGGGGAGAAAACCAUACCUUCUUUUCAUCAAGGAAGAGGUAAAACCCGUAAAGUGACUGAUUCUGUGGAUGGCAACCCACAAGUUUGGAAAGCUAUUCGCAAUUCCAUAUCCAAUGCAACUGCAGAACUGAAGGUGGCAGUACUAACUCGGAUUCAAUUUAGAACAUGGGGAGUGAAGAGUAGGCAUCAUGGAUUAGACUUGCAAAGUCAAAUAUCGAUUGGUUCAAAUGGUAAGAUUUUUGGUAAGACGAAGAAAAUUAAGCUACGCCGUGCUUCCAAGAAAUGGAGGCGGAAUGAUAGACGACGAUUGUUAUACUAG